AUGCGUGUGGCCAAGCAGGAGCGCAGUCUUGUAGAGCGAGAUGACAAGCCGCGGAAACAGAGAAAGCGAGCCCUAGUUGCAUGCAAUCGAUGCCGGAAGAGAAAAAUCAAGUGCAAUGGUGACCUCAACACUGGCCUGGCUUGCUCCAGCUGCCGUGGUGUUGGAGCUACCGAAUGCCAAUACAUACGAGUCAACUCUUUGGCCCCCGAAGACGCUGCUAGAGAAGCAGCUAGGCUCUAUGCAAAUAAGGGUUACGGAAGGUCAAUCCUCAUGGAAUCCCCUCAAAUGCGAGCUUUAUACCAGCGAGAAGAGUAUGAGCUGGAUAUCCAGUCUAACUUCUCACGGCAACCCGUCGGCAUGGAUCACUCCUAUGACGACCAUUCCGCCAAUUACCAUGGUCAGACAUCGCCAGGGUACAUGCUGUCCAGCACUCCUGGAGCAAUGCUCGACUAUGGCACCGCAUGGGGCAACCGGGCCUGGGAUCCCAACGGCAGACCCAACGGCGAGUUCUUCGAAGAACCAAACAGCAACCUGAACCAAGCUGCAUAUGACUUCGUCCUCCCCGGCCAAGGCAUGUCCACCGAAAUGCCCCAGUCAACAGGUGCAAUGACAACGUCGUACACCGACGCCGUAGAUCGCACUCUCCCAACACCCCCAACCUGCCGAAGCCAACCCCAGCCCCAGUCACACAUAAACCUCUCAACCCUCCCAGACGGCCCCUCGGGCAUGACUCUAGCCACUGACGGAAAGGGCCAGGGCUGGAACUCGCGGCACGCAACUUCCCCAGAUGGCCGCACGGUGACCAUGUCCACCGUCCCAAGCAACGGUCUCUACAAUAUCAGCCCUUCAGCACGCGUCAAAUCAAACGAUUCAGACGACGGCACACCCGAUCUCGUCUUUGGCUACCCUAUGGCUACAGCAGAUGAUUCCUCCCCUCUUCCUCCAUCAUCCUCAUCCUCCAUGGCCUCCUCCGCUGCAAACCCCCCUUACCCAGCUCUGGAUACGAUAGAGAACACCUUGGGUGAGUACAACACGUCCGAUGCACGUCUAGGACGCACUUUCUCGCGCGACAGCGGCGCCGGACAGCGUCUACUUGCGCUGGCUUCCGAUUGCGCACCUGAUGUGUAUGGGUAUUCCGGUAGUGAGCGCAGGAGAUCCAGGGCCGUUGUCGAGACGGAUUUGCGCUGCUCGGCCCUGACUCUUAUUAAUGGGUUACCCUAUACGCGUGUUCGACAUGCAGACUCGGCGGUUGGUUUGCCGUAUGGAUUUUUGCCUGAUAACUUGUCUGAUUAUGGGCGUUCGGUUGAUAGUUUGCAUCGUCCUAUUUCGUCCUUGGGACACCAAGGGGCGUAUUGA